AUGAGCCGACCAUCCGUAGGCAUCCCAUCCAGUGCCGGAGAUCGGGUGCCCAUCUCCAAGGAAGCAAUCCCGGCGUUGCAGGCUAAAUUGCCCUCCAUUUUCAGCUCCUCCAAUCGCUCGUCGCCGACAGGAACCCCUGCCCAAUAUUUCAAGUCCGGUAAACCCAUUUACGAAGGAGCCAACGGAAUUGUGUUGAAGGGAAGUGACCCCGCCCACUCAGGCACUGUGGUUAUCAAGAUCAUUAAAAAGCCAGACGACCAAACGGUGCAAAAGUACCGUGAGUCCACCAGACGUGAGUUCGAUAACAUCAAAUCAUGCACUCACAAGAACGUCAUAGACGUGUUGGACUUGGUGGUGGCCGAUUGUGACGACGAGUUUGCCUUGAUCUUUCCCUACCACCCCAACGGAGACCUCUUGGAUUUCCUCAGCCGUUUGCGUCGCUUCAAGAUCGAGGUCACUGAUAGCUUGAAAGAUAGCAUAUACAAGCAAAUCGUUAAGGGGGUCCACUACUUGCAUACCAAAAACAUCGUGCAUCGUGACCUCAAACCUGAGAACUUCUUGAUAGAUGGUUCUGGCGUUAUCAAGAUCAGUGAUUUUGGGUACAGUUUGGACCUCAAUGAUUGUGUGAAGUACCAUCAACAGUUCUUGGAAUCUCCUGGCGACAUAUACAGCGGAACUAACAGCUUCAAAGCACCCGAGUUAUUUGAAUACGAAGCACAAAUCUUGAGUAAAACCUUUGACUAUGACUGCUUUUUCAAAAACAAAAUUUCAUUGUUCAAGGCAUUGGACUAUUGGGCGUUGGGAAUCACCUACUUGAAUAUCUCAUUAAUGAAGACCCCAUGGGCCAAUAGUGAUGUCAAGGAUUCCAAGAAUCUCACGUUUGCUCGGUUUGUUAAAAACUAUCCUAAAGAUCCUACAAGCAUGAAACGGAUCAUUAAUGAAUUAAACGACAGAAACUCGACCUUUUCCAAUAAUCGUGCUUUGGUAUUGUUCAAGAGCUUGCACUACGAUUCAAGGGAGCAUAUCAUUGGCAUGUUGAACCCCGACUGUACUAAACGGUCCACAACGACAAUGUUGUUGGAUUCAAACUGGCUUACCCAGGUGUACGCGAACCCCAAGGAUUUGAUCUCAUUGAUGAAGAAAUAG